CCUGCUGGUUCCAGGCUUCUCGGCUUCCCCCGUUUUUCAAACUUUGUUGGAACUUGCGCUCUGACUCAACGCUACAUCAAGCUGUCUCCUUGCCCCUCCGCCCUCAUCACUCGUCUCGAUUGCACAAAAACGCACUCAUUUACAAACCAACCCAUUUCAUCUUCCAGUUCGUACUGUACCGGUAUUACUAAUAGCCACAAUGGACGACGUCGUUACCAGCAUUUACGCUCUAUUGAAUGAGAAAUCUCACCACAGCAACUUGCGGGUGGUUCAGGUUGUCAGAGAAGAUGUCGUUGAUCUGAACGACAGAGCAGUGGGAUACAUGCUCAAGCAUGAUUUCCAAAGCGCCCUUCAAACCCUUCAGCGUGCAUUGGCCCAUAUUAUGGCUCUCCAAGCCCAUCCUCAGGCACUAAAGCAACGGCAAGUGCAUGUAUCAUCUGUACACAAGAAUGACGAGACUUCCAUCGCUUCCAUUUCUCUUGGCAACAGCCAUCACGUCAAAUCAGAACCCUUUGAUGGCAUCUUCCUCUUCUUCAAUCGGGCCAUGGUGAUCCCUCAUCACUGCGACUUUGACCUUUAUUGCCCCAAGGAUCAAUCAAGAGCGUUGGCUGCAGUGCUCUACAAUAUCGCCUUGGUCUAUCACAUGGAAGCCAUUCGAUGUGGACAACAUCAGACGACCUUGCUCAACCACGCGCUCCAUUACUACGGCUUUGCAUACCGUACCAUCGAGUCAGCAGCCCCACAAUAUGGAUUCCAAGAUGUUCUUGUUUUGUUGUUGGCGCUCUUCAAUAACAUGGGACAUGCUCACUCCAUGUUGCUGGACAAUGUCGAUCUGACCCGACAGUGUCUGCAAUGGAUGCAGUCCACCUUUGCCAAUCCCCGCGUCAAGCGACAGUUGUUCCCAGAGGAUUAUCAGUUCUUCUUCCAAUACAUUUCCGUCGCAGCAAGCCGACAGCUCCUCCUGGCACCGGCUGCUUGAUAUAUUUGAAUCCUCCCUCUUUCUGGCUUCCUAGCUAGUCUCCUUUUUCUAACUCUCUUGAACCAUGUAACAAGUAAUUACAUUAUUUAUCUGACU